AUGAGCAAUUAUAAUCAGAACGGUCGAGUUUCACUGUACGGUUCUUAUUGGAAUCUCGCAAAUUCAGCUACAGCCUCUUCCGCAGGACUGCCCGCACCAAGUCGGCAAAGUCCUUAUGCUCAGUAUGCCAGUCAACAGGUAUUACUAUCGAAUCUUCGCCAAAUCACACUCCUCAAUCCCUCUUAA